CGAUCGGGCGCAGAUAAUUUGGGUUGAUUUAACACUGGUUUCUACCAUCGUGGUAAAGCAAAGCGUUUCGAAAAUGGCUGUGACCAAUUGUUUAGCUCUAAUUAGUUUGCUGGUGUUGAGCGUAAUCCUCGGUUUGUGUUCUGCUGCGCCAUUGGACAAGGUGAAAGAGGACAGCAGUAAGGCUAUCGUUGAUUGGCCAAUAAGAGACACAGAGCAGUUUGAAUACAACCCUUUAAAAGAUGACAAAGUCAAGCGGCAGAGGUUUACCGGCAUUGCACCAUUUGAUCUGAUGGGAAAACGAACUGAUGAAGAAGACAAAUCAAAGCGGCAGAGGUUUACCGGCAUUGCACCAUUUGAUCUGAUGGGAAAACGAACUGAUGAAGAAGACAAGUCCAAGCGGCAGAGGUUUACCGGCAUUGCACCAUUUGAUCUGAUGGGAAAACGAAGUGAUGAAGACAAAUCCAAGCGGCAGAAGUUUACCGGCAUUGCACCAUUUGAUCUGAUGGGAAAACGAAGUGAUGAAGAAGACAAAUCAAAGCGGCAGAGGUUUACCGGCAUUGCACCAUUUGAUCUGAUGGGAAAACGAAGUGAUGAAGAAGACAAAUCAAAGCGGCAGAGGUUUACCGGCAUUGCACCAUUUGAUCUGAUGGGAAAACGAAGUGAUGAAGAAGACAAAUCAAAGCGGCAGAGGUUUACCGGCAUUGCACCAUUUGAUCUGAUGGGAAAACGAAGUGAUGAAGAAGACAAAUCCAAGCGGCAGAGGUUUACCGGCAUUGCACCAUUUGAUCUGAUGGGAAAACGAAGCGAUGAAGAAGACAAGUCUAAGCGGCAGAGGUUUACCGGCAUUGCACCAUUUGAUCUGAUGGGAAAACGAAGUGAUGAAGAAGCCAUAUCGAAGAGGCAGAAGUUUACCGGCAUUGCACCAUUUGAUCUGAUGGGAAAACGAAGCGAUGAAGAAGAAAAAUCGAAGAGACAGAGGUUUACCGGCAUUGCACCCUUUGAUCUGAUGGGCAAACGAAGCGAUGAAGAAGAAAAAUCAAAGAGACAGAAGUUUACCGGCAUUGCGCCAUUCGAUCUGAUGGGAAAACGAAGCAAUGACCAGGCAAAGCGUGCGAUGUUAACUGGUAUUUCAGCAUUUGACAUGGUUGGCAAACGAGCAAAAGAUGAGGAGGAAAAGCGAGCAACACUGACUGGAAUCCCUGCAUUUGACCUACUUAGCAGGAAGAACAAUGAAUUCGACACCGGAUCACUGAGCCCUAGUUUCUUCACCAACGACAAGAGAGACGACAAGAGAGAUGGAGGUGAUGGGAUACGUUUCCCGGUGCUAAUCCUCUCCGACCCGCUCGACGUCAAGCUAGGUAGAGUAGUGUAAGGACGUACAGGUACUAGACGACAUAGACCCUUUGAUGGUUU